GUGGUUUCGGGGAACUUCCGCAUCAACAGCCGAGCAGGACAGAGCUUACAUGGUGGAAAGUUUCAGUCUGUAGAUGAAAGACCAUGGAAAGAAUACAUGUCCCCCCUUUGGGCCCCAUGGACCUGCCACUGUCCCUGCUGGAGAUGGGAUGCUCAGGCCGGUUUGAGCUCAUCACACACCCGCUUCCUGGCCAGCCUUUGCCCCCCCAGAGCACGCUUCCACAUGGUCUUCCUCCCACCAGCCUGAGCCUGGAGAGAGAAGUGGAGAAACGUUUCUUACGGGACCCAGCCUGGCUGCCCAUUCAUGACAUAGACUUUGCCUUUCAGAAGUUUCUCAAAGUGAGUGAAAGGAAGGUUAAUGUCGACUCUUUGCUCAGCUGCACCCCAUCUCCCCUUCACUCUGGGCUCUCAGUCGUCAGAGAUCCAACCACAGGGAUGCUGCUGGACUUCACAGAGGUUUUACUAGAAAACUCUGGUCUGUCUGCCAAAAACUCGCUGUCACUGCAGCGUCAGCCUGGACCUCCUUCAGAAAGCCUUCGGGGAAGCAAUACUAACUACCCUUUCCUUCCUGGAGGAAUAGAGGAACUCACUCUGGACCAAAUUAAGACAAGAUCUGAGCAGGAAGAGGAAAUGGACUUUGAGAAUGAUUUACUAAAAGUCCCACCUGGACUCAAAGCUGGAAUGGAUUUUACUGACAAAGAUGCCAAAAUAACAAAGCCAGAGGUGAACCUCAUGUCUCUGCUGUCCACGCUGGAAGACAUUCCUGAUCUGCAGCCUGAAGCAGAGGAGAAGGAGGACGGCAAAGCAGGAGAAGAGGCCAUCAAACUACCCAGGACUAACAGUCUGGAAGACCUGGGCAUCAAGGAUGUGGAGUCUUCCCCUUCCCCCAAGGAGGCAGGAAAAGAAGGGAAGUCAAAACCGAAAAAGAACCUGGAGGAAAAAAAGAAAUGGGCCAUCCCUGUGGAUAUAUCGUCACCCUGCGAAGAUUUCUACAAACGCAUCCCAAACCCAGCGUUCAAGUGGCCCUUUGAGUUGGAUACUUUCCAGAAACACGCUGUGCUGAGGCUGGAGGCCCACGACUCCGUGUUUGUAGCCGCUCACACGUCGGCCGGCAAAACGGUGGUGGCCGAGUACGCCAUCGCUCUUUCCCAGAAACACAUGACAAGGACCAUCUACACGUCUCCCAUCAAAGCUCUGUCCAAUCAGAAAUUCAGAGAUUUUAAAAACACUUUUGGCGACGUUGGACUCCUGACAGGAGAUGUCCAGCUCAGUCCUGAGUCUUCCUGUCUCAUCAUGACUACAGAGAUCCUCAGGUCGAUGCUGUACAACGGCUCAGAGGUCAUCAGAGACUUGGAGUGGGUGAUCUUCGAUGAGGUCCACUACAUUAAUGAUGCUGAGAGAGGGGUGGUGUGGGAGGAGGUCCUGAUCAUGCUUCCGGAUCACGUCAGCAUUAUUCUGCUUAGCGCCACAGUGCCGAAUGCUUUGGAGUUCAGCGAGUGGAUCGGUCGUAUUAAGAAGAAGCAUAUUUAUGUGAUCAGUACAAUGAAGCGCCCCGUACCUUUGGAGCAUUAUCUGUACACUGGAAACAGCACAAAGACUCAGAAGGAGAUGUUCCUGCUGGUGGACGCUACAGGAAACUUUCUCACUAAAGGCUUCUACACAGCUGUUGAUACAAAGAAGGAGCGGACCAGCAAACAUGCUCAAUCAUUCGGCACAAAGAGCACACCUCAGAACACCACAGCCAGCCAGGACCGAGCGGUGUGGCUCACCCUGCUACACUUCCUGUCCCAGCGGCAGCAGACCCCUGUGGUGGCCUUCACCUUCUCUCGGACACGAUGCGAUGAAAACGCCCGCUCGCUGGAGUCCAUGGACCUCACGACCUCCAUAGAGAAGGCAGAAAUCCACUCCUUCUUCCAGAAGAGCCUCAGUCGCCUGCGAGGAGGAGACCGGCAGCUGCCGCAGAUCUUGCUCAUGCGGGACCUUCUGAAGAGAGGCAUCGCCGUCCAUCACAGCGGGAUCCUGCCGAUCCUGAAAGAGGUCAUCGAGAUGCUUUUCUCCCGAGGUCUCGUAAAGGUGCUAUUUGCCACGGAGACAUUUGCGAUGGGAGUGAACAUGCCCGCCAGGACCGUGGUGUUCGACAGCAUCAGGAAGCACGACGGCACCGGCUUCAGGAAUCUGCUGCCAGGCGAAUAUAUUCAGAUGGCAGGCAGAGCAGGACGGAGAGGCCUGGACGCCACGGGCACAGUGAUCAUUUUGUGUAAAUCAGGCGUUCAUGAGAUGGCUGAUCUGCACGCCAUGAUGAUGGGAAAGCCUACCAUCCUCCAGUCCCAGUUCAGACUGACCUACACCAUGAUACUAAACCUGCUGCGGGUGGAAGCUCUCCGAGUGACCGACAUGAUGAGGAGGAGCUUCUCUGAAAGCCACAGAGACACUCAGGCACACGAGAAGAGGAUUAGCCAGCUGAAGCAGAUGUUGGCAGCUCUUCCUCCUCUAGACACAGAGGGCCAGCUCUCUGAUUUUUUGCCUUAUUACCACACAGUGACGGAGCUGCGACACACUAGAGAAGCCCUGCAGCAAGCCAUCCUGGAGUCUGUGAAUGGACUGAAGGCGCUGUCUGUCGGUCGAGUUAUCGUUGUCAACAACAGGCAGCAUCUCAAUGCGCUGGGAGUUAUUCUGCAGGUGUCCAACGAUGCAGUGAAUCGCACCUUUACUGCGCUCAUCAUCUGUGAGAAGGGCAAUGAGGAAGUGGACCAAAAAGGCGAGAACAGCACCGCUUUGCCACACCUCUACAACACAGCUCUGUUCAUUCCUGAAGGUCCAUGCAGCCACACGGUGCAGAAGUUAAAGCUCCAGGAGAUCUCAGCCAUCUCAUUUAAAACCCUUAAAGUGAUUCCCGAGAGGAUUAUUGAUAACUACAACAAGAGGCUACAACCGCGGUUCAGGGACGACCCUCCCGGUCAGGCCAUCUCCACGGCAACGCAGGAGCUGCUACGACUGGCUGAGGCGAACCCAGGCGGCAUGGCCACCCUGGACCCGGUGAACGACCUCCAGCUGAAGAGCGUGGACGUGGUGGAGGGCUCCAUGAGGCUCCGCGUGCUUCAGGACAGCCUGAAGGACUUCAACUGCAUCCACUCGCCCACCUUCGCAGAGCAGUUUGCUCGGAUCAAGGAGAGGAUGAGCGUGCAGGAGGAGCUGGACCGGCUGCUGUUCCUGGUAUCAGACCAGUCCCUGACUCUGCUGCCUGAAUACCACCAGAGGAUCAAGGUCCUUCAGUCGCUGCAGUACAUCGACAGCAGCGGCGCGGUGCAGCUGAAAGGCCGAGUGGCCUGUCAGAUCAGCAGCCACGAGCUGCUGCUGACCGAGCUGCUGUUCGAGAACGUCCUGAGCCCGCUGGCGCCUGAAGAGAGCGCCGCCCUGCUGUCCUGCUUGGUCUUCACCCAGAACACGCAGACGGAGCCGCACAUCACCAGUACACUGAAGGAGGGCAUCGAUCGUGUGCUGUCUGUGGCCCAGAGAAUCGGACAGCUGCAGCGGGACUGUGGGAUACCACAGACGGCCGAGGAGUUUGUAGGCCAGUUCAAGUUUGGCUUGACUGAGGUGGUGUACUGCUGGGCCAGAGGCAUGCCAUUUGCAGAGAUUGCAUUUCUGACAGACGUCCAGGAGGGCACGGUGGUCCGCUGCAUCCAGCGUCUGGACGAGGUGCUGAAGGAGGUGCGAUCGGCCGCCCGCAUCGUGGGAGACUCUGUUUUGGGGAGUAAGAUGGAGAGGGCCUCAUUGGCCAUCCGCAGAGACAUCGUCUUCACCGCCUCCCUCUACACCCACUGAGAGGUCUAGAAACCUGAAAGGAGGACAGCGAGGGAGUGGAAAUACUUGCAUGUACCAAAAAAAAACAAAAAACAAAGUUAAAGCUGAUGUUUACAUGGAAAUCGUUUACAAGGAAGAAGAGACAAAAACCCUUUGAGAAAAGGACAUGAAAUUAGAGUUGUGAUUUAAUGUACAGAAAUAAAAUCUGUGAUCCAA